UCUUCCUAGUAGCUGUUUCGGUUAGUCGCUCUAUACUGGGUCGGCCUUCACGAUCUGGGCGGGAGGCUUCGUUUCUUUCCGCUUUGUGCCUGUGAGGGUUCUGACCAAAGCCGUACUUCCGCCGCUGGUUCUCCUUGGAUGCCCUUGAACCCUCGCUGUCGCCCGCCAUGGCAUCGCGCCCCCGUCUUGUAGCCUUGAGGAACCCCCAGAGCCGGCCGCAGCCUGAGAUGCCCCCCAACAGCCGAGUAUAGCGAUAGCCCCCGAGCCGGGAGCCUGUUUACAGUAUUUAAUUGUAUGUAAUUACGUUAUUUAUUACCGCCUCCGCAUACCUCAUCCCACCGGCGCCCCCCCCUUGUUAGGACCCCCCGGGCCGGCAACAGCAGCGGUAGCAACAGCAUGGCCACUAUCAGCCCUUGGCCCCCCGCUACGGGGCUGCUCCCUACGGUGGCGUCCGCACUCACGCCCGAGUCCGGGAUGGAUCUGUGGAUGCUCAUCCUGGGCUUCGUCAUCGCCUUUGUCCUCGCCUUCUCCGUGGGGGCCAACGACGUGGCCAACUCAUUCGGCACGGCGGUGGGCUCCGGGGUCGUGACCCUGCGCCAAGCCUGUAUCCUGGCCAGCAUCUUCGAGACGGUGGGCUCUGUGCUGCUUGGGGCCAAGGUGAGCGAGACCAUCCGCGAGGGCUUGAUCGACGUUACGAAGUACAACACAACCGAGCUCAUGGCCGGCUCUGUCAGUGCCAUGUUCGGCUCCGCUGUGUGGCAGCUAGCCGCUUCGUUUUUGAAGCUUCCCAUUUCCGGUACCCACUGUAUUGUUGGUGCAACCAUCGGCUUCUCCCUGGUGGCCACGGGGCAGGAAGGGGUCAAGUGGUCCGAGCUGCUGAAAAUUGUGUUAUCGUGGUUCAUCUCCCCCCUUCUUUCUGGCAUCAUGUCUGCAAUCCUCUUCUUCUUAGUUCGCUCCUUCAUCCUCCGCAAGAGUGAUCCAGUUCCUAAUGGUUUACGAGCCCUGCCGGUUUUCUAUGCCUGCACAAUUGGAAUUAACCUCUUCUCCAUCAUGUACACUGGAGCACCCUUGCUGGGCUUUGACAAACUUCCUCUGUGGGGUACCAUCCUCAUCUCGGUGGGAUGUGCUGUUUUCUCUGCCCUUAUCGUCUGGUUCCUUGUCUGUCCCAGGAUGAAGAGAAAAAUUGAACGAGAAAUCAAAUCCAGUCCUUCUGAGAGCCCUUUGAUGGAGAAGAAGAGUAGCUUGAAAGAAGACUCUGAGGAGGCCAAGCUCUCCCUUGGUGAUGGGGAGAACAGGAACUCUGUUUCUGAAGUGGGGGCUGCUUCUGUGCCCCUGAGAGCGGCCGUGGAAGAGAGAACUGUUUCAUUCAAGCUGGGAGACCUGGAGGAAGCCCCAGAGCGGGAGAGGCUUCCUAGCGUAGACAUGAAAGAAACCAAUAUUGACCAUGCGAUGAACGGCGCCGUGCAGUUGCCCAAUGGGAACCUGGUCCAGUUCAACCAAACGGUCAGCAACCAGAUGAAUUCCAGCGGCCACUACCAGUAUCACACCGUGCACAAGGACUCCGGCCUGUACAAGGAGCUCCUUCACAAGCUGCACCUCGCCAAGGUCGGGGACUGCAUGGGGGACUCGAGCGACAAACCCCUGCGGCGGAACAACAGCUACACGUCCUACACCAUGGCCAUCUGCGGCAUGCCUUUGGAUUCGUUCCGUGCCAAAGAAGGAGAGCCCAAAGGCGAGGAGAUGGAGAAGCUCACCGGGCCCGCCUUGGACUCCAAGAAGAGGGUCCGGAUGGACAGCUACACCAGUUACUGCAACGCCGUGUCCGACAUCCACUCGGUGUCGGACGUGGAUGUGAGCGUCCAGGUGGAGCGGGGCCUCGGGGACCGCAAGGGCAGCGGGGACUCCCUGGAAGAGUGGCAGGACCAGGACAAGCCCGAGGUCUCCCUGCUCUUCCAGUUCCUGCAGAUCCUCACGGCCUGCUUCGGCUCCUUCGCCCACGGUGGGAACGACGUAAGCAAUGCCAUUGGGCCUCUGGUCGCUCUGUAUUUGGUCUAUCAAACUAAAGACGUUGCUUCCAAAGCAACGACCCCAAUCUGGCUUCUGUUGUAUGGUGGUCUUGGUAUCUGUAUCGGCCUCUGGGUCUGGGGAAGGAGAGUUAUUCAGACCAUGGGGAAGGACCUCACGCCCAUCACGCCCUCCAGCGGCUUCAGUAUUGAACUGGCGUCAGCUCUCACCGUAGUCAUUGCGUCCAAUGUGGGCCUUCCCAUCAGCACCACUCACUGCAAGGUGGGCUCGGUCGUUUCUGUUGGCUGGCUUCGCUCUAAGAAAGCCGUGGACUGGAGGCUCUUCCGAAACAUCUUCAUGGCCUGGUUUGUCACCGUGCCAAUUUCGGGGGUGAUCAGUGCUGCUAUCAUGGCCCUCUUCAGAUUUGCCAUUCUCAAACCUGAAGCCGUUUGAGAUCAAGUUCCUACCACUGCUUGGGACCACACUUACACAUUCCUGCUCCCCAAAGAGUGACUCGAGAGGGCUGCCGAGGACUCCUCCGAAGAAAAAGUCUUCAAGUUUGGGGGGCAGUGGGAGGGAAGUGUCACUUGUGCUAGAAUUGCUUUUGUGCUAAAUAUGACUUGUCUCAAAAUUAGCUAUGUAAAAUAGCCAGGUUUCCACUGAUUCUCAUUAAGGUCCCCUUUCCUUCUGGGCUGUGAAUUACUGUACAUAUUUCUCUACUUUUAUAUCAGGCUUCAAUUCCAUUAUGUUUUGAUGUUGGUUGUCACUGAUGAUAAUCCCUUGUCAUUUUGAGGACCACUCAGAGCCAGCUGAUGUGUGUAUUAAACAAAAUAAUAAUGGUAUGAUCUGCUCUGUUAAGUUCACCAGAUGUGAACAAGGGGCCUCACUGAAGUAUUUUUAAAUGGAAAAUUCCCUGGGGAAAUUAUGCAGAGUUAUAAUUUGUAUCCUGCAUUAGUUCUAAGAUAGUGGUAGGUUCCAUGGCAUAUAUGGGAACCACUUCCUUAACUGGAGGGAAUGGUCCUGGGUUCAGGGGAAAAUGAAAUGGCCUUUCAUUUGCCCUUCAUUAUUAAAAGUUUUCACUAACUUUAUUUAAUUUUUACUAAGGGGGAAGGAGAAGAGCCUUUGGGCUCUGAUGGGUGGAAUCCCUCACUUCCCUCAGGGAAGCCAUUUCUUGAACCUAUUCUAAAGUACUUUAUUCCUGUUGGAGUUUGGGAAACCCUGAAAGGGGGGGGAAAAAAAAGAGUAUUUCUGGUUUUGUGUUGAGUGUAUGUAAUUAUAUAUCCCUUUUCCAGCACCUCCGUCUCACAACAAUCUCCUCACUACCCUCUUUGUUCUACCUGCAGUGUAAGAUGGAUGAAUGGGGUUGAAUAUGAAUGACACACCAGUUAAAUGGGACAUACUACAGCAGUCCAUGCUCAUCUGUCUACCUCUAAAUAAAAUGCCUAUGAUUUUUCUAGAAA